UAUAGUAGCAAUUGGCUCGUACUUAAGUGAAUAUAAACUUAAAGCCGCAUCAGAAGACACAUGUAUCCGUGCAGAUGGUUAUUGUUUAAGUUAAUGAGUGAAGUGCCCUUCGUUAACCUUGAGAAAUAAGGUUGAUUUCAAAUGAUGUCAUAAAAUGUGCAAAACACCUCACUAAAUGACUCACGACAUCACAUCAAAUUCUCCUCCAACAUUUAAACUACUACUUAUCGGCGACUCAUGUGUAGGCAAGACAUCCUUGCUGAUUCGUUUCAAAGAUGGUAUCUUCCUGAAGGGCAGUUACAUUUCUACCGUUGGUAUUGAUUAUAAGAUAAAAACAAUAAAGACGAAUGAUCAAUUAGUUCGCCUGCAGAUAUGGGAUACAGCUGGACAAGAGAAAUUUCGCAGUUUAACAAAAUCGUAUUAUCGAGAUACAAGUGCUGUUCUACUUGUUUAUGAUAUGUGUAAAAAGGAUUCGUUCAUUCACAUCAAGUCAUGGAUGGGUGAGAUCAAUGCAAAUCUACAAUCAAACAGCAUACUACUUGUAUUAGUAGCAAAUAAACUGGAUGAAGAAAAAAGUCGUGUAGUUUUACGGAAAGAAGGCGAACGUCUAGCGAAGGAAACGGAUGCUUUGUUUUGGGAAACUAGUGCUAAGACAGGCGCAAAUGUUGAUUCAAUGUUUCGGGAUAUAGCUGAGCACCUACUUCAAGCGAAAUUUACAACCUGCGUAACCUCACCGACUCCUUCAUUUCGUCAACUCAACGGAGCCUUAAAGAAGUCGAACAGAAUUGAUGACGACAAAGAUAACGUGUCUAUCAAAUCACCGAGUAUCAAAGCAUCAGCGGCAAUGGAAGCAGUAAACAAUUCAGACCGACUAUUUCCAUCUAAAUGCUGUCCUUUAUAACAAUAAUCGAACCAGUAAACUAACUAAUUUUUACACCGAUAACCUUAGAAACAGUCUCUUCAAAAAUGAAGUGACUUGAAACAAUAAAAAGUAGAAGCAUAACCAUGUAUCAUGAAAAUGCAUAAUAUUCCAGUCGAAUCAUUGUUUCAUCGGAAAAAAAGAGAUUCACAUUCGCGACUGUUGUUUAGUUAAGAUGUUCAACACAAACAACUUCGAUACAACUGUCGCCUAACAACAUUUAAUAUUAUACAUAGUUUAAACAGAAUGCAUAUAUAUAUAUAUAUAUAUAUA